CAGGGGAAUGAGCGGUACCGUUGUUGAAAACCUAAGCAAUCGAAAGCUAUGCUACAUAUUAGGCAGUCUUCUUCUCGCGCAGAUAGUAUUUUUCCUAGUUGGAGCUUUAUAUGCACCUGUUCCAUCUUCCUCAAUGGAGUACGAGAUGAUCAAAUGUGAAGACGCUUCCAAAGGCCAAUCCGGCAAGUGGUUCCAUAUUCGACCCAGGCAAUGCAACAUUAUCGGAGACUUGUCGGCAUUUACUCCAACAUCAUUCGACCUACGAGAGAUUGUCUUCGUUGCACAAAUGCCUCAUGUGAGAGACCGCGUACAGCUAGAAUACUCACCGUGGUUCCAAUUUUUACUGGGUCUACUGCAAGUGGAAGUGGAGUACAGUGACGCCUUCAAGUACGUCGACGGAGCUACGCUCAGACUCGAAGUUCGUCUUGGUUAUCGAACCUUGAAAGAUGCUGCCGAUGAAUGGCAUGAGCUCAUCGCUACUAAUAUCACCCGAAAACUUGAAUGCACCAUUCCACCCAACAAGAGAUCAGAUGGAAACAUGUACGAUUGCGGGGUGCUGGACCUGUUCGAAAUGGGCUCUAACAACUAUCCAUUUUACUUACUCAACAUUAGGAUUCCAAUUAAUCAAACCGAGUGCAGAUUCGAUCGAAACAGUCCUAAUUGUCAAAUUGGAAAAAUCACGAGUCUGAGGGUUGUGACGAUACACCAAAACGGUGGCUUUACUCUUGUAUGGUUAUGGCUGAAGACUUUGCUUUUCCCUGCUGUCGUGGCGACAACAUGGUGGUACUGGAAUAGAGUGGAAAAACUUGCCAGGAAGCCGUUGUUACUAGAAAAGGCUAUCAUGACUCUCGGUGUCAGCCUGGCCAUUCUUGAUUUCCCCUUCGAAUGGGUUUCCCUAAUUUGCCGAGUUCCCUUCAUGCUGCUCCUAAGUGAUAUUCGGCAAGGGACCUUCUAUGGGGUUUUAUUCGCCUUCUGGCUAAUAUUCGCUGGGGAACAUCUCAUAGACGACACGACAAGGAACAAUAUUGCUUCGUAUCGCUUUAACCUCUUCUUCAUCAUUGUUGCCUCAUCCUUACUAUUAGUAUAUGACAUUUGUGAACGAGGAUUCCAGCUAAACAAUCCUUUCUAUAGCAUCUGGUCCAGCGAGACUGGUACCAUGAUAGCCAACGUCUCCGUCUACAUUGCAUCGUUGUGCACCGUAGUUUACUUUGCUUUCCUUCUUGGCAAGAUAUGGAAAGUAUGGGUAACUAUAAGAAGCAAGCGAGAAGCGCAACUAUACCAAAAUAGCCAAAAUAGGAGAUUAAAGGUGGAGGCAAUCAUCUAUCGAUUCAAGUUUCUCAUGUUGCUCACUUUGGUGUGUGCAGCUCUAACAAUUUCUUCUUAUAUUAUGAAACAGUAUGGAGAAACACAAAUGCACUCUGAUGAACCUGAUGAAAGCUUGCUUACUCACAGUACAUCAGCGUUCUUUACGGGAACAUUCGGCAUGUGGAACAUCUAUGUUCUGUUAUUGUUGGCCAUGUACGCUCCAUCACAUAAAGUUUACGCUGGAGCAUCAGGUUGGUUAGAAACAUUGUUGUUUAUGGAGUUAGUAAGAUUGAUGGAUGGCGCCUAUGAGUCUAAUGCUAUGACGACGUUCUUGAAGCCGGCCACAGACUGA